GGGGGCGGGUCCAAGCAGGUUGCGCGCGCAGGUGGCACUUGCAGUUGGUCAACCCAACAUGGCGGCAAGUGUGUUCCGGACCGCUUUGCGGGACUGGGGCCGCUGCGUCCGGUGGAGCAACGGGCUACGGCAGCUGAGCCAAAUCCAGGGUCCUUCUGAUAACCCCAGCUUUGUGGAGUCUGUGGAUGAAUACCAGUUUGUGGAGCGCCUGUUCCCCCCUACCAAAAUCCCAGAGCCACCAAAGCAUAAACAUUAUCCCACUCCUAGUGGCUGGCAGCCUCCCAGAGAUCCUCCUCCCAACUUGCCCUACUUUGUUCGGCGAUCCCGGAUGCAUAACAUCCCGGUCUACAGAGACAUCACACAUGGCAACCGACAGAUGACUGUGAUCCGGAAGGUGGAAGGGGACAUCUGGGCUCUACAGAAGGAUGUGGAAGAAUUUCUGAGCCCACAGCUGGGAAAGACACCUGUCACCCAGGUUAAUGAGGUGACAGGUACUCUUCGAAUCAAGGGCUACUUUGAUGAGCAGCUUAAAGCCUGGCUUCUUGAGAAAGGCUUCUGAGGCCUGAUGAUCAGUCCAUGGCAGUUCCCUCCACAGACUGGCAUCCAGAGAGGAAGUGGAUUUGGAGUCUCUGGAAUAGGACUCAGAGCACGGGGUUAGGACUUAGAGGUAAAGACAUUGAGAUCAGUCCUUGCUUCCACAAAGAGGAAAAUAAGUCAACCAUUCUGGAAACAACCCAUCAGAGACAUGCAUCCUUGGCCUUCUGGAGCUUUUGCUAUAAGCCAAACUGGGCUUUGAGUAUGGAAAACAACAUGGACAACAUAGGACAGUGACAUGGACUGGAACGGAGCAGACAGACAAAAAUAUCUUAGGUUCUGAGUGCUGUGAUAGGUAGGGUUGGAGACAUCCACCUGCUGUCCUGGAAUCGGCUAUGUUGACGUUUGAAGACAAGAAAAUGAAGGCUUUUCACUCCUGCUGUACCAUCCCAUAUCAGCCACUUGUCCAACUCCACCAUUAAAUUGGUUAGCAGUGUUCAGAUCCUGGCUGCCUGGCUUGACUUCAGACCCAAGGUAGAAGAGAUACCAACCUCCCAGCACUCAGGUUUUCCACGUGUAAGAUGAAAGUAUGUCUAGUUGUUAAAUAUCUGGGCAUCCUCAUUCCAGGAGACCACAGACCAUAAGUCUACAGGCUAGGCAAGGGAAAGGACCCCUGCCCUAAGUUACAAGCCCCACCAGUCAUUAAUGCAAGUUUUUAUUUGGCUGUAUAUACAAUUUAAGCUAUUAAAAUUUGUACAAUAUUUACAAAUUAAAUAAUCAUCUGAAACUGUC